AUGUCGAGACGAGUGGUUGUUACUGGUGUUGAUUGUAUUACACCACUAGGUAAUUCUGUUAAGGAAUCAUGGUCAAAUCUAUUAAAUUCAAAACAAUGCCUCACAGAAGUGAUAAACUUACCAAAUUAUGAAACUUUAUUCAAACCUCACAUUAAACAUUUACCAGUAGGACUAAGAGUUGGUAAAUGUAAACCAUACAAUUGGAAUUCAGUUAAUAAUCUAUUUACUAGUCAGGAUCAUAGAAGGUUAUCACCCACAAUGAAAACGACCAUAGCGGUAACAUAUCAUGCAUUGAAGCAAGCCCAACUAUUAGAUAUAGAUAACCAUUUGUUAAAGAAAAUUGACUCGUGCAGAGUCUCCACUUCAGUUGGAACAGGACUUCCGGCAAUACAUGAUAUUUAUGAGGAAUCUAUAUUUAUGGCAUUGAAUAAUAAGAAACCUUCACCAAUGUUCAUACCGAAAGUACUCGCAAAUAUGAUUGCAGGGGCAGUUUCGAUCAAAUUUAAUGCAAGGGGCCCCUCUCAAACAAUAUCUACUGCAUGUGCAACAGGUAAUAACUCUAUAAUGGAUGGAUAUCACAACAUUAAAAAUAAUUAUUCAGAUGUGGCAAUUGUUGGUGCAACAGAAGAUUCAUUACAUCCAUUAACCAUUGCAGGGUUUCAUAGGCUUAAGAGUCUUUCAACAACAUCAAAUUCAAGACCCUUUGAUACUAGACGUGAUGGAUUUGUAAUUAGUGAAGGAACUGGUGUGAUAAUCUUGGAAGAGUUGGAACAUGCAAAACGAAGAAUGCAGAAUGGACAAACAAAUGUCAAAAUUCUAGCAGAAUUAGUCGGAUGUGGGUUAUCCAGUGAUGCAUACCAUAUAACUUCCCCAAUGGAAAACGGUGAAGGGGCACAAUUAUCCAUCGGAAUGGCAUUAAAAAAUGCUAAUGUGAAUGCAAACGAAAUAAACUACGUUAACGCACAUGCUACCUCUACACCAGUUGGUGAUCUGGCUGAAUUGAAAGCUCUUUCUAAGAUCAUAUCUAAUACAACGGCGCCAGGUAAUAAACCAUUAUACAUAUCAAGUAAUAAAGGAGCUAUGGGUCAUCUAUUGGGUGCAUCAGGAUUAGUGGAAUCUAUCUUUACAAUUCUAUCAUUACAAACAAACAUAAUACCUCAUACAUUAAACCUUGAGGAUGAACUAGAACUCCCAAAUGAUUCCGUAUCACCCAGAAUUACUUUAGUUAAGGAUAAGCCAAUUGAAGAUAAUAAUAUGAAGUAUGCAAUCUCAAAUAGUUUUGGCUUUGGUGGUGUAAAUACAUCCUUACUAUUUAAAAAAUGGGAAUAA